CUUUCCUAAAGAUUAUUUCUUUUUCAACUUUUCUUGAUGAUCUUGAAAGAAAGAGAAAAUUCGUACCAUUUGGUUCAAUGAGAUCAAUGACUUUGUUCCAUGACUAUGACUUCUGCACAGAGUCUUCAACUUUUGGGUUUUGAAGUGUUUAUGGUAAUCUGCUGCUACAUGUGAUUUGCCGUUGUUGGAAAUAAUAGAGUUCGUUCUGGGAAUUGGUUCUUUAUGGCAUGAGAGCACCAAAAUUUGAAUGCUUUAAGGAAAUCUCUUUCUGGAUUUUGGAGAUUAGUAAUAUUAUAUAAAUAUUAUGGUAAUGGAGAUCAUCAUCUCUGUGAUACUAUUGUUUGUGGGUAUUGCUGUUUUGGUACUGAUUCAUCUUUGUAUAGUUGGAAGAGCUUUCAGGAGAGGAUAUGAGAAUGGUCAGGAUAUGGUUCCAGCAGGUAUUAGCAGCAGCAGCAGGAAUGGAACCAAAAAGAUCGCAAACGAGGAUUUGAAGAAUCUUCCAUGCUUCGAUUUCAUGGCAAAAGGGAGGGGAGAAACUAGCUCUGUGGAUUGUGUCGUUUGUUUAGAGAACUUCAAUGUGGGUGAUAAAUGCAGAUUACUGCCAAACUGCAAGCACAGCUUCCAUACCCAAUGCAUAGAUUCGUGGUUAGUGAAGACUCCCAUUUGUCCAAUUUGUCGAACCAGAGUUCAUCCCCCGAAUAUUGGGGUCAUUUUGAGUCAAGAAAGUAGUGUCUCAGCUAUUGGAGUUGAAUUAACAUAGCAGCAAAUAGAUUUCAUUUGGGACUGGCUUGAACUCCAGUUUGUCAAUCCAUCAUAAAUCAGCUUCCAGUUCCUGUGGUAUAAACUUGGUGUGAGCGUCCUCGGUCAUGCAAGUAAAACGGCAAGUCCACUCGUUUUUCAACAAAUUUAGAUCUAUUACUGGUUCUGCUAGAUGUGAUCAUGUCAAUAUUUGUUUUUUCAGCAGCAUAACUAAGAAAUUAACUUGGAAUUCUAUUUUAGGCAUAUUAUGUAUAAAAUUCCACUGUUAAAAUCUUGCAUAUGCAUCUUAUUUAAUCAUCUGUUGCACUUGUGCAUGAUCUGACCUUCUCAUUGUACAGUUGCAGGAUCAAAUAAGUAGCAGUUCUAAUGACAUAUAGGUGGGUGUAAACUCUUAUAUUUUGAUUGUUCAUCAAUCAUUAUUUCGUUGAACUGGGCAAUUGGGGCAGUGAUGGAUGCAUUCACUUGGUAAUUGCGCUCUUUUUGCUCAUAAAGCUAAAAUAAGAAAAGAAAAUAUUUUUUUUAAUGACAGAAAAUUCCCUCUGAUAAUUAGACCUUUAGGAGCUGUGAAAAAUGGUCUUAAACAAGUCAAAUGUAAUACCCAUAUGGAGGGACGAUGUAAUUUCUUGCUUCUACUACUUCAUAAAUACAAUCCAGGGUGAAUUUUGUUA